AUGGCCGCGGCCAUGAGACCCUCCUCCUCCCCCUACCCUCUCCCGCCUCCCCCGACCUGCUCGUCCCGCCUCCCCCAGCUCCGCUCCUUCGUCGGCCUCCGGUGGUCUGCCCCCCGCGUCCAGGUCAGGAGGCAAUUAGACGCGGUUGCAGGAAUUGGCAGUGGUGCGCGUGGAUGCGGUGGACGAUUCAGAGCGCCCGCUUCCAGUGCGUCCCAGCCUUGUUAUAGCUCCAUCGUCAUUAGAAACGACAAUUCUCAGAAUGCUGAUUUUCCACGUAACUACUCCAAAAGGGAGAAGAAACCAUUUCCUAUACCAGUACUGGAGUUAAGGCGCCGAGCAAGACAGAGGAUGAAGGAAGCUGAAGGGAAGCCUAGGGGGCCGCCGCCACCUCCGAAAAAUGGAUUGCUGGUCCAGAGACUAAUACCAGAGGCAUACAGAGUGUACAACGCAAGAAUUUUGCUGAUCAACAACUUGAAGAGGCUGAUGAAAGUAGUACCAGUGAAAGGCUGCAAAUAUUGCAGUGAGAUACAUGUUGGAUCUGUUGGACACCCUUUCAGAACAUGCCGAGGAAUGUCUUCUGAUAAACGCCCGCGUAUCCCUCAUGACCAGAGGUUUGAGGUGCCCCGCAUUCCUGCUCUCGUGGAGCUUUGCAUCCAAGCUGGUCUCGACCUCCCUGAGUACCCCACAAAGCGCCGAAGAAAGCCAAUUGUUAAGAUCGGAAGGAAAGAGUUUGUCGAUGCAAAUGAAGAUGACCUGCCUGACCCAGAGCCUGACAAAUUUAAGGAGCCAAUUCUCGAAGAAGUACCCGACGAUGAGAUUACCCCUCCAUCGAGCCCAGAGGAGACAGCUGCUCUUGCCGAGGAAACACUCGAAGUGUGGGAGACACUCCGGAACGGUGCCUUGAGGCUCAUGAAGAGGUAUUCAGUGAGGGUGUGCGGAUACUGUCCUGAGGUGCACAUUGGAGCGAGUGGUCAUAAAGCGCGCAACUGUGGAGCCUUCAAGCACCAGCAGAGGAAUGGACAGCAUGGGUGGCAGGCGGCGGUGCUCGAUGACCUGAUACCCCCUAGAUACGUCUGGCACAUGCCGGAAUCUGGGGAGUUGCAGAAGGAGCUCAAGAUCUUCUAUGGGCAGGCGCCGGCUGUCGUCGAGAUAUGCAUUCAGGGCGGCGCAAAAGUGCCGGAGAAGUACAAAGCCACAAUGAGGCUAGAUAUAGGUAUUCCCUCCAGUUUGAAAGAGGCUGAAAUGGUCGUCUGA